AUGUUGCAGAGCCGGCCGCUGCUCUUCUCGGCGCUGGGAGAGCCGGCCGUCGAGGCCACCCGGGACCCACCGCCUCCGCCGCGGAGCCGUUUCGACAUCGAGUCGCUGCUGGCCAAGCCGGAGCCGCCCGUCGGAGCGCGCCCGGAGCCAGCGUCUGGGCCGCCGCCGCCGCCUCUCCGGGCGCGCUGCGCUUUGGCUGCGCCCUCCGGUUCCUGCCGGUCCCCGCCGUCUGCUUGGGCGAGAGGCCCCCUGCGCUGCUCCCGCUGCAGCCCCGCCAGUGCGCCCCGACCGGCUGCAGGAGGCCAGGAUGUCUCCCCCUUUGCCGUUCCAGAGCUGGAGUUUGCUCACUGUGCCCUUGCUGGUUCCCUGGGGGCUCCCCUUUCGUGGAGAUCAGGGGUCCCCUGCAAGACCAAGAGGGUGCGGACCGUCUUCACGCCAGAGCAGCUGGACCGGCUGGAGAAAGAGUUCCUCAAGCAGCAGUACAUGGUGGGCAACGAGCGGGUGGACCUGGCCACUACCCUGCACCUCACAGAAACCCAGGUGAAAGUCUGGUUCCAGAACAGGAGGAUCAAAUGGCGAAAACAGAGCCUGGAGCAGAAGGCUGCCAAGCUCUCACAGUUUGGGGGUCCACAGCCCAUCCCCCAGGGGCUGCCAGAGGAGGAGGACAGUGGCGAGAAUGAGGAGGGGGACGUGGACAUCGAAGUGUAG